AUGGCAGUGGAUGAACCUAUUGCUAUUGUUGGCAUAGGAUGUCGAUUCCCUGGGGGAUCCAGUUCGCCUCACCGACUGUGGGAGCUGCUGGUGAACCCAGGAGAUGUGGCGACAAAGGUCCCUGCAGACCGUUUCAACGUCGCUGCUUUUCACCAUCCACAUACCAGACAUCAUGGGACGACCUCAGUAUUGGAAUCAUACUUCCUGGACGAGAAUAUCCGGAGCUUUGACGCAUCCUUCUUUAAUAUCUCUCCUACGGAGGCAGCUGCAAUGGAUCCGCAGCAACGCCUCCUUCUGGAAACAGUAUACGAAUCUCUGGAUCGGGCAGGCUUGCGACUGGAGGAGCUCCAAGGCUCCCAAACGGGGGUCUUUUGUGGACUCAUGCGACACGACUACCAUCAUCUCCUCAUGGCCGAUAUGGAGACAAAUCCGCCUUAUGCAUUGGCUGGUACAGCAGGCUCGAUCCUGGCCAACCGUGUCUCCUAUUUCUUUGACUGGCAUGGGCCUUCGAUAACGAUUGACACUGCCUGUUCUUCUAGCUUGGUAGCUGUUCAUCUAGCCUGUGAAUCCCUGCGUAAAGGCGAGUGUUCGUUAGCGGUAGUUGGAGGCAGUAAUUUGAUAUUGAGUCCGGAUCCCUAUAUUUGGGAGUCGAAAAUGCAGCUGCUGUCGUCGACCAAUCGCUGCCAUAUGUGGGAUUCUAGUGCGAAUGGAUUUGCUUGUGGAGAAGGGGUGGCAUCUGUAGUGCUGAAGAGGCUGACUGAUGCCCUCAUCCAUGGGGACACGGUCGAAUGUGUUAUCCGGGCGACAGGAGUGAAUUCGGAUGGACGCAGUGCAGGAUUAGCCAUGCCCAACAGCAAUGCACAGAGCGCCUUGGUCCGGGCCACGUAUGCCCGUGCUGGACUUUGUCCCAAGCAAAACCCGCACGAUCGCUGCCAGUUCUUCGAAGCCCACGGUACAGGUACUCAGGCUGGUGACCCGCAAGAGGCAGCGGCUAUCCAAGAUGCGCUUUUCGGGUGCGAUGUGGACGAAAACAAACCAAAUAAUGAAACGAUUUAUGUCGGUUCCAUUAAAACUAUUAUUGGUCAUACCGCCGGUGCCGCAGGGCUAGCGGGACUUAUUCGUGCCUCGUUAGCUCUGCAGCAUGGUGUAAUUCCACCAAAUCUACAUUUCAACCGGCUGAGCGAUACUGUGGCACCAUAUACCGCUCAUUUGGAGGUCCCAACUCGGGCCAUUCCAUGGCCUGAUCUACCCAAUGGGGUUCCUCGACGUGUAUCCGUGAACUCGUUUGGUUUCGGAGGAACCAAUGCACACGCCAUACUGGAGAGCUUUCCCCAACCUGGCCGACAUUGCUUUACACAGGUCGAGCAAGUUCAUCAAUACCAACGGGCUUUGCUUCCAAUAGUCUUCUCUGCAGCAUCUCCAGUCUCCCUUGUUGAUCUGCUUGAAGAGUAUGUCCGGUGGCUCCAGAAUAACUCAAACGUAGACCUACUGGACUUGGCAUCAUCGCUAUUGUUGCGCCGGACAGCCUUACGAUACCAAAAAGCUUUCAUUGCAACAUCACCUGACGAGCUUCGGAUUAAGAUUCAGCAUGAGUUAAUGCUCAAUAUUAAAGACGCUCGACCGCCUAUCAUAUCCCGGCCUACGUGCGCGAGCAAAAUCUACAUUCUUGGUGUUUUCACCGGCCAAGGUGCACAGUGGCCACAGAUGAGCUUGGCGCUCAUCCAAAACUGCCCUAAAGCCCUUUCUCAAAUGCAAGAGUUGCAGCAGUCAUUGGAUGACCUGCCAGUUGAGUACCGUCCAGAUUUUACACUCUUAGACGAAUUGUCUGCGCCAGAGAGCCUAUCCCGCCUCGAAACAACCGCUAUAUCACUACCGCUACGGACAGCUCUUCAGAUCAUCCAGGUUGAUCUGCUUCGUGCCCUUGGGGUCACUUUCACGGCAGUGGUUGGGCAUUCGUCUGGGGAGAUUGCUGCAGCAUAUGCUGCUGGUAUCCUAAGUGCCUCGGAUGCAGUCCGAGUCGCACACCUUCGUGGUUUCGCCGUUAAACAUGCCGCCUCUCGCGGAAGGAUGAUAGCAGUGAAUUUGACCGAGCAUCAGGCGAAUGCCAUCUGUUCACAGUUGAUGUGGGAAAGCCAGGUGACAGUGGCAGCCUACAAUUCACCAUCCAAUGUCACCUUGUCCGGUGACCCGGGCACGGUGGACGAGCUCGCAUGGCUGCUGGGGAGCCUUGAGCGACAUCCUCACCGACUGAACACGGAUGUAGCCUAUCACUCACAUCAUAUGCAGCCAUGCGCAGAGCCCUAUCUGCAUGCCCUCAAAUCCUGCAAUGUAAAGGUGCGCCCGCCAUCCUCGGUGCAAUGGUUCUCUAGCGUGUACAAAGGCAGGGUGGUGAACGGCACCGAUUAUGCUCUGGACAGUAUAUAUUGGUGCGAGAACAUGCUGCGUCCGGUUCUAUUCUCUCAGGCUAUUUCGACCUGUCUAGAUCAAAUCCCUAAUCUUGACUUAAUAAUCGAGGUUGGCCCCCACCCUGCACUCCAAGGCUCGAUCCGACAGAUCCUGGAUGACACUCGCCCCGAGGGUUCAGGGGUGCCCUAUAUCGGGCUGGCUCAUCGAGGGGAGAAUUCGAUUCAGUCUAUGGCUGCAGCUAUCGGCACACUCUGGGUGGACCUUGGUGUGCGAGAUCUAAAGCUCCAGCGAUAUAUCCACCUGUUUGAACCAUUCCGAGAAUUGCGUUUCCUCAAAUCACUUCCAACAUACCCCUUCGAUCACCGUACAUCCUAUUGGGCUGAACCGCGUCUCUCCCAGGCCCGCCUACAUUGCCCUAUCCCACCACACCCAUUACUCGGCGUGCUUAGUGGCGAAUGCGGUCAGGAUGAAUGGCGGUGGAGAAACUAUCUCCGCCUGGAGGAGCUCCCCUGGCUUAGUGACAAUCGCGUCUUAUCAGAUAUCGUCUAUCCACCGAUGGGCUACAUUACCAUGGCCGUUGAGGCAGCACAAGUCGUCUCCCGAUCAAAGCCCGUGCAGCUUGUCGAAAUUCACUCAUUAAUCAUAGAGCGCACAAUCUCCAUUCCAGCAGAUGGGCCGGGUGUCGAGACCCUUUUCAAGAUCGAUAUUGAGUCUGCUGAUGAUGAUACAUUCUCUGGGAGAUUUCAGUGCCAGAUGGGCUGUGGCGUUACACUUCAAAAAUGUGCUUCUGGUGGGAUUAUCCUUGCACUGGGUGAAGCUGACCCGACAGCCUUACCGCCAAAGGAAGAAACUGUGUCCAUGUCACACCCGAUGAAUGUGGACGAGUUCUAUAGUCAGUUGCAAAUCGUCGGCGCCAAAUUCUCCGAUAGCUUCCGGGCAAUAAGUAAACUGACCCGACAACAUGGUGGCAUUCAAGGAGUGGCCAAGGUUCCCUCUCAUGAUCAGCCCACCUUUCAUCCAGUCAUAAUGACCACAGUGUUGCAGGCACUGUGGGGAGCCAUUAUGUCAGAUGAAGGGAGACUACCAGCAUUGCCGCUACCGACACAGAUCGAUUUAGUGACCAUCAACCCCUCCUGCUACAAUUCUGGACCUAUCUUCCUGGAAGCCUCUAUUACACGCAUGGGUGGUGUGUGUGGUAAUGUGUUCAUGUUCAACGGGCAAGGCGACGGCAUAGCCCAGCUAGAGGGUAUUCAUCUCGCUCCCUCCAAACCCAAAGGUAGUGAUGAUGAUCAAGCCUUGACUUUCGGAACGACUGUCUGGGGGCCGUUGAAUCCAGACCCCACCAUUGACUCCCCAGAGGAUCCACCAUACGCUCUCUCGAUCCAGGACCUACAGGCUCGUCUAGCCGUAUUAUAUCUUCGAGAUGUCCAAGCUCAGCUCACUGCACAGGACCGCGAGCGUCUCGACUCGCAUCGCAGCCGGUAUGUUGCAUGGAUGGAUUGUACAUUAUCCAUGAUUCGUGAUGGCACACAUCCGCAUUACACACGAGACUGGCUACAAGGGACCAUAGGUGAACUUGGCUCUGAAACAACAUCUCACGAAACUCUUAUCCAUGUCACACAUAUAGUAGGGCAGAGCCUCCUUCGGUUCCUAUGUGGCGAAGACGAAACGAUGCUCACGAAACUACGCAACGACGGCAGCGAUCUCCUGACCCGGUACUACCAGGAUGAUGAAGCAAUGUGUAUCAUGAGUGACAGGCUAGGCAAGGUAGUCAGUCAAAUUGUGUUCCGUGAUCCUCAACUACACAUCAUUGAGGUUGGUGCUGGCACAGGAUCCGCUACUCGCUCCGUAUUGUCCUCUAUCGGUCGGGAUUACCAUUCCUAUACGUAUACAGAUGUCUCUCCGGCCUUCUUUGAUGAGGCGUCCACAGCAUUCCACACUCAUGAAGAUCGCUUUGUCUACAAGGUGCUCGAUGUUGAACGCGACGUGACAGAUCAAGGCUUCCCCAUACAUAGCUACGACGUCGUCAUCGCAAGCAAUGUGCUGCAUGCUACUCGGUCCCUGCGUCGCACGCUGAUGAACAUAAGAAAGCUCGUAAAGCCAUCAGGUUAUCUGGUGCUUCUGGAGGGUACUGAUCCAGAUCGAGUCACGACUCCCUUUAUCUUCGGUGGAUUUGAAGGCUGGUGGCUGGGCGAGGAGGACGGACGGCUUUGUGGACCAUUGAUCCGACGUGAAGAAUGGGACGCCUUGUUACGGUGUACUGGAUUCGGUAGAUGUACUUCAUAUACGCCUACUAUUCAAGCCAACUUGACUGGUAUGUCUGUGAUAGUCUCACAGCCUACAGAUAGUCCUGCGAUCUCUGCGAUGGCGAUGGAUUUGCUGCUGGUAGGUGGUAGUACAGAGACCACAAGGAAGACCAUCCUGGAACUAGAGACAAUCCUCCGCGAAUCUUUCGUUCGAAUAUCCUCUUGCUCGAGUGUGGAUAAUUUUACGCCUGGUCCACGCGUUUCUCGGCUUGCUAUACUCUGUCUUGCCGACCUUGACCACCGCUCAGAGGAGACAAGAUGGCAAUGGCAGCACAUGCACUUGUUGAUGAAGGCAGCGAGCUGUCUACUAUGGGUUUCCCGUGAGAAGGACCCGCAUACUGGUGUGAGCAAAGGCCUCCUUCGAUCGCUUGCACUCGACUCCUCGUCUGGCCUACUGCAGCAUCUUGCUGUCUUCGAUUCGAUACCUAUCAAGGCUGAAAUGCUCGCUACCACACUAAUGAAUCUUGUUCGGAUAAAGAACGAAGGCCUUGAACGACCUGAGAUUGAACUAGGAUGGGAUGAGGGAAUCCUGAAAAUCCCGCGCAUUGUGCGUGAUCCGAGCAUCAAUCGACGACUACUCGCCAGCCGCAGUCCUCGCGUUUUUGAUGUGGUAGAUACCCGCGAGCAAGCUGUUGUCCAGAUAAUCUCGAGGGAGGGUCCAAAGAAAGAAAGAGUAAAUGUUUGUUUGACGGAUCCAAACAAUGCCACACUUCCUGCGGUAAAACAGUUCUCAAAUGAGUCUCUCGUUCGGUACCAAGUACAUUAUUGUACUCAGGCUGCACUGACAAUAGCAGAGACAUGCUCUCUCUUUCUGAUUGUCGGACAGAAUAUGACCACUGGCGCGCGACAGCUCGCCCUCUCAAUCUCUCAUGGUUCCAUAAUCUCGACACCAUUGUCUUGGACCUGGGAUGUCCCGGGUUUUGUUUCCAUUAAUGAUGAACCAAAAUUAUUAGCCGCUGUUGCAGCUACCGUUGUAGCUAUGGCGAUUGUCCAUCUCGCUGGUCAGUCUACAACAUUGUGGGUACAUGGACCGCAGGUAAUGGGGCCGAUAUUCACGGACGCGCUGGUGUCUAUCACGUCCGAUACACAGGGCAUGAUGAACCUUGUCUUAACUACGUCUCAGUGUGGGCUGCCUGAUUCCCGUGUGCUCUUCGUUCAUCCGCACAGCUCUAUGCAGACUCUGUCCCGCGUGCUACCGCGGAAUAUCUCGUCUGCAGUCCUGUUCGAUGAUGGACCACUUUCUCGACGAUCAAGUCUAGUACUGCCAGGCCGUGCUACCUUGCGAAGCUUUUCGGACUUCUGUCGGCCGUCGUCCAUUGCAGAAGAGAUGGACAUGCAGUUCGUCGCCAAUACUUUUAAAAAUGCCUGUGAAUUUGUCACGCAUACAGGGUAUGAGAAAGGAAGCUCGCCCCACAUUAUCUCUCCCAGAGAAAGACCAUCGGUCAACUCCCUGGAGGUUGUCAAUUGGCGGCACCCGACAAGGAUUGAAGCACAGAUUCUCCCUGCUAGUUCGCUGGUCAGUCUCUCGCCGACAAUGGCGUAUCUAGUGGUUAACAUGAACCGCGAAUUACGUCGACCAGUUAGCGAAUUCUUGGCUCAACAAGGAGCCCGACACCUUGUUUUGGUCGGUGAAUGGGCAGAUGAAGAUUCAGCGUGGAUAACCCAGCUCUCGAGGGAUGAAGUGCAAGUGACUGUAGUACAUACGAAAGCCAAACUCCAGAUAAGUCGCAUCCAAACCUAUAUGCCAAUAGGUGGAAUCAUUUAUGACGGGCUGAAGGACAAUCCGCAACAGGUGGCUGAGAAUACUCUCUUGCUGGAUGAGCUCUGCCGUAACGAUGUCGGAUUUUUCAUCCUUGUGGGAUCCCUGCUCGGACACAUCGGCUUCACGGGCAAUAACUACAUCAUUGCAAAUACUACCGGGGUCCUAUCGGGUGUUAUUUCUCGACGACGGCAAAGAGGCUAUAAGGGGAGUAUUCUUUAUUUGGGGGAGAAGAGCACAGCGGGAGACAUUAUUCUCUCAGAGAGGGAUAUACGUGAGGCCUUCUCAGAAGCAAUCCUUCUGGGGAGACCAGAGUCCAUAAACAACGGAGAAAUCUUUGCAGGUCUUCGCAAAAGUGAGAACUGGGAGUCGAUACCGAAGCUGUGCGCCUGGAGGGAGACCGGAACUGUACUACAAUGCGAAGCCAAAAACCAACCUGCAGGCCACGGCCAAACCCAGAAACUGGACGCCCCGGCACAGCUCGAGUUAGAGACGAGCGUGGAGGAAGCAAUGGAUAUCGUACUUGCGCUUGUCACGGAGAAGCUGCGCAGGAAGUUGGGACUCUCUGCCGAUGUCCCGCUUGGGCGUGAAACGCUCUUACAUGAACUAGGAAUGGACUCGCUUGUCGCAGUAGAUAUCCAUAGUUGGCUUUCGAGAGAGCUGGGAACUAAGGUUCCAGUCGUACAGAUUAUGGGAGCGGAUUCGAUUGGUAGCUUGGUCGACGAAGUUGUGAAGCUCAGGAAUGGCUUUAAAUAA